AUGGUCGGCUUUGAUGUGCGUGGUUUGACCCCAGCUCCCAUUACCCCCUUCACUCCCGAAGGCGCGGUCGACUAUGAAGCUAUCCAGCGUCUCGGUUCAUGGCUCGGCAGCAUCGACGGKGUCAAAGGUCUCGUUGUUCUCGGUCAUGCUGGUGAGGGUACCUUCCUCACCUCUGAAGAGCAAGAAUCCGUCAUCAAGGCAUUUGUCAAGUCUGUCGACAACAAGAUUCCCAUAAUUGCCGGCAUCACUGGAGAAGGCACGGAGGUUGCUGCUCUGGAAGCGAAGCGUGCGAAGGAGGCUGGUGCAGCUGCAGGUCUUCUUUACCCUUCUCACGGCUGGCUGCGUUUUGGAUAUCAGCCUGGUGCUCCCCAGGACCGUUACAAACGAGUUUAUGAAGUCAGUGGGCUUCCGCUGAUUCUCUUUCAAUACCCCGACAAUACCAAGGCUACUUAUAGCCUUCAGACCAUGCUGGAUAUCUCAGCUCAGCCCGGAGUAUUUGCUAUGAAGAAUGGUGUACGCAAUAUGCGUCGCUGGGAUACUGAGAUCCCCGUCAUUCGUCGCGAGCGCCCCAAUCUUCAGAUUCUCAGCUGUCAUGAUGAGUAUCUCCUACACACUGCAUUUGACGUGGACGGUUUCCUCGUUGGAUAUGGCAAUAUUGCGCCGGAACCGUUGAUCGAGUUGAUCAAGGCUGGAAAGGAAAAGGACUAUAAGAAAGCACGCGCGAUCCACGAUCAACUUCUGCCAGUCACUAAAAGUGUGUAUCACCGUGGGUCUCAUAUGGAAGGUACCGUUGCUCUGAAGCACGCUCUUGUUGCGCGUGGAAUUCUCACGCAUGCCACGGUGCGCUCGCCUCUACUUCCUCUUGAGCCUGGCGCUGAGCAGGAGAUUCAUGCUGCUAUCAGUGCGGCUGCAUUGAGCAAGGUUUCUUGA